AAAAACUUGCGCAAAGUAUAACCUGUAUACGUGGAAGUGAACUAAAAUGCCGCCCAAGACUAGUGGAAAGGCAGCCAAAAAGGCUGGAAAGGCUCAGAAGAACAUCACCAAGACCGACAAGAAGAAGAAGCGCAAGAGGAAGGAGAGCUAUGCCAUCUAUAUUUACAAAGUUCUGAAGCAAGUGCACCCUGACACUGGUAUUUCGUCGAAAGCGAUGAGCAUCAUGAACAGCUUUGUCAAUGACAUCUUCGAGCGCAUUGCCGCCGAGGCGUCUCGCUUGGCUCAUUACAACAAGCGUUCGACCAUCACCAGUCGGGAAAUCCAAACUGCUGUGCGCCUGCUGCUGCCGGGAGAGUUGGCCAAGCACGCUGUUAGUGAGGGAACCAAGGCUGUCACCAAGUACACCAGCUCCAAGUAAAUUUGUUUCUCUGCAGAACCUAAGACAAAAAGGCCCUUUUCAGGGCCACAAAACAUUUUCCCAAAGAAACGCCAUUUUCAAUAUUGA